AUGUUUAUAAAAUUUGAAUACGCAGAUGGUUCACCGAAACGUAAAAAAUUCUCAGCUAUUGCUUCCGGUGUUAAUUUAAUAUCCCUAAACACACCAGUUGUGGCUCCGCCACGCAAUGCUGCUGAGUCUUUACCGUCGGAAAGCCAUUUGGCGCCACCGGCGCUGUGUUCACCCUUGCCAAUCGUUUCAAGUCAAGUUUCAAGUCUUAAUGAAUUCUCAACGAUUGAAACUCCAUCUUCUGAAUCCGUACCCAUAAUGCCCUUAGGUCCUCUAAGUCCGACUGUACCAUCAAUAGUUGUUAAUCCUAUUUCAAAUGUUGAUGCUUCAGCUCCUAAUUCAUCCGCAAAAACUGUAAUUGGUCCUUGUCAAUCUGGGAGUAGUAAUGAACUAGUUGUAGUUGCUCCCAGGAAAAGUAUUUUUAUAUCUAGAUUACAUUCCAAUACAACUAUAAAUAACAUAUCUAAUUACUUAAAAUCUAAAGUGCAAAACCUGGGUGAUAACGACUGUAGAAUUAUUAAAUUUAAUUCGUCAUUACCACGAGAUAUAUCAUCGUUCAAAAUAAUCGUGCCUCAUGAUAUGUUUGAUACAUUGUUAAAUAGAUCUUUUUGGCCAGAUGGUGUUCUUGUAAAGGAAUUUGUGUUUAGAGAGAAAACUAAUGCUAAUAAACCUGUCAAGAUCCCUUCAAGUGUGCCGGUCUCAAAAAACUAA